GUGCAUUCACCACGCUUUCUCUCCAACUGUGCUCAAAGCCUGCCAUCUGAUUGAAUAACUAUAAUACUGCCACUGAACUGACAUUUUUAAAGUAGGAUUGACAUUCCCGCGCAUGUGGAUUUGGGUCUGUGAGGAGUGUCAGUAUGAAGGGGCCUCACUUGUUUCUCAUCACCUUUUCUCUACUGUUAAUUCAACUAUCAAGUGCAUCUGGGGGCAAAAUCCUUGUGUUUCCAUUGGACGGAAGCCACUGGGUAAACAUGAGAGUACUCAUAGAAGAACUGCACGCCAAAGGUCACGAGGUCACUGUGGUUCGGGCGUCCGAUAGCUGGUACAUCAGUGAAAAGUCUCCUCUCUACACCUCUGUGACUGUUCCCAGCCCUGGAGGAUUUGAAAAAAACUACUUUGAAGCUUUUUUGUCCCGACAUCUGGAGAUCCGGCUUCAAGCUAGGCAUGCAUCUACCUGGUCUAAAAUCUGGACUCGUAUACAGAUGGAGCGGCUGGUUGUGGAUCAGUUCUCUCUGCUCCAUAAAGGAAUGAGUGACAUGGUCAUUCAGAUGUUUGAAGAUGAAAACCUGAUGCGGUCUUUCCAUGAAGCCAAAUAUGACAUGGUUUUGACUGACCCUGGAGUUGGCGGAGGGACAUUGCUGGCACGUCGUCUCCAAGUUCCUCUUGUUUUCAACGUCAGAUGGACCAUUCAAGGGGAAGCCCAUUUCCUUAUGGCCCCCUCACCGCUGUCAUACAUUCCUUUCACUGCAACAGAGUUGACAGAUAAGAUGACUUUCCCUCAAAGAAUAAAGAAUGUUUUGAGUUACAUUUUUGGGAUGUACACAAUGUCAACCAUUACAGAACCUUAUUACAAACCUGUAGUUGAGAAGUACUUUGGUCCCGAUGUGGAUUAUUCAACAUUUUUCCUGGAUGCAGAUAUAUGGCUCAUGAGGAAUGAUUUUGUCUUUGAAUUUCCACGUCCAACGAUGCCAAAUAUAGUCUACAUGGGAGGAUUUCAGUGCAAGCCCCCAAAGCCGCUGCCUGCAGAGCUGGAGGAGUUUGUCCAGAGCUCUGGAGACCACGGAGUCAUUAUGAUGACCUUGGGAACAUUAGUCGAGAAGCUUCCUCUGGAAGUAACUGAGGAGAUAGCUGCAGCCUUUGCCCAGCUGUCUCAGAAGGUUAUAUGGAGGUAUAGGGGACAAAGGCCAGCCAACCUGGGUAACAACACAUUAAUGGUCGACUGGCUGCCACAGAACGACCUUUUAGGACAUCCCAAAACUAGAGUGUUUGUGACCCACGGAGGUACAAACAGCGUUCAGGAGGCAAUUUACCAUGGAGUUGCUGUAGUUGGACUUCCCUUAUUCUUUGAUCAGCCUGAUAACCUGUCCAGAAUCAGAGCAAAGGGAGGGGCUGUGAUUGUGGAUAUUGCCGAGCUUGACAGACACAUCUUUGCAGAUGCUCUGGUGUCAGCUCUUUACAAUUCUUCUUACAGGGAAAACAUGCAGACGCUCUCACGGCUGCACAGAGAUCAGCCCAUGAAACCACUGGACCUGGCAAUGUUUUGGAUUGAAUAUGUCAUCAGACAUAGAGGAGCCCGUCACCUGCAGGCCCAGUCCAACAAAAUGUCCUGGUUUGUUUACAACUCUGUUGAUGUCAUCGCUGCUUUGUUGUCAGCUGCGCUAUUUGUAACAUUGAUCUUUAUUUCAAUUAUAAGGUUACUUUGGAGAAUUAUUUUUGUUGGCAAAAAAGUUAAACAUGAAUGACAUGGAAAACAAUGUUGGUUUGGUGUGUGAAAUUCAAGAUUUAUCAAUCAUUAACCCAUCAACAUUGUGUGGGAUGCUGCUACAGUUGACAACAUUAGGAAAAAUACUGUAUGGAUACUGUUGGACCGAGCCAAACAGGCACAGGCAGAGAAUGUGA